AUGUCUCAAGCAACGCAGCGUCUUUCACAGGUCACUUCGCACCUUACCGGCAAGGGCGGAGUCUCCGCUAUCACCGCUAAACACCCGGACGACAUCGUCGUGACCUGUGCCCUGCGGACAGCCAUCACCAAAGGUGGUAAGGGCGGCUUCAAGGACACCGCCGCAUCCGACCUGCUGGCUGGUGUAUUCAAAUCUUUGGUUGAGAAAUCCAAGAUCGAUCCUGCCUUGGUCGAAGAUAUUGCUGUUGGCUCUGUUUUGCCUCCUGGAGGAGGAGCUACUGAGUUCCGUGCUGCAGCUCUGGUUGCCGGAUUUCCCGAAACCGCCGCUGUUCGGUCUCUCAACAGACAGUGCUCGAGCGGGCUCCAGGCAAUUGUCGAUAUUGCCAAUGCCAUCAAGUGCGGGAUGAUUGAUGUUGGCAUCGGCGCUGGCGUCGAGAGUAUGUCUCAACAAUAUGGUCCUGGUGCAGUCUCCGAAUUCUCUGAACUGCUCGAAAGCAACCAAGAAGCCGCCAAUUGCAAAGUGCCUAUGGGCAUCCUCUCCGAGCAGAUGGCCAAGGACCGCAAUAUCACGCGUGCCGAGCAGGACGCCUUCGCCGCCACCUCUUACCAGAAGGCCGUCAAGGCCCAAGAGGCGGGGCUCUUCAAUGAAGAAAUAGCCCCACAGACCGUUAAAUUCGUCGAUCCAAAGACAGAGAAGGAAUCGACCAUCACAGUCUCUCGCGACGACGGUGUGCGGACGGGCAUCACGGCCGAAUCGCUCUCCAAGAUUCGCCCAGCCUUUGCCAAGGACGGCAGUAUACACGCCGGGAACUCCUCGCAGAUCUCUGACGGCGCCGCUGCAGUCUUGCUCAUGAAGCGCUCUACCGCUGAGCGCCUGGGUCAGCGUAUCAUUGGCAAGUACGUCACUGCCAGCGUGGUUGGUGUCAAGCCACUGCUGAUGGGCAUUGGGCCGUGGAAGGCCAUCCCCGUCGCGCUGGAGAAGGCGGGUUUGUCCAAGGAUGACGUUGAUAUCUAUGAGAUCAAUGAGGCGUUUGCGUCGCAGUGUGUGUGGUGUGUGAAGGAGCUGGGGUUACCGCUGGAGAAGGUCAAUCCGAAGGGUGGUGCUAUUGCCUUUGGACACCCGCUUGGCUGCACAGGCUGUAGACAGGUCAGCACGCUCCUGACGGAGCUGAAGAGAACGGGGAAGAGAGUUGGGGUUACUAGCAUGUGUGUUGGCACUGGAAUGGGUAUGGCCGCUGUCUGGGUUGCGGAGUAG